CAGAGGACAAUGUCCCGCAAACUAUUUUUUGUUUUGGUCAUGCUGGUGUGCGCUGCUCCAGAAGACUUUUUUUAUAAAUAUGAGUGGGCCAUCAGCAAAAGGUGCCUCUUUGCAUGUGAUAAAGUAUGUCCAUUUCGGGCCAUACGUAGGAUAAAUGGAUACUUAUAUUUUCGUGACCGGAAAUGCAUGGACUGCUUUUAUAAAUGUGCAAGAGAAAAAGAACAAAAAGGGUCAACUCCAAAAUCCGUACAAGAGAUGUCUCAAUAAGUCCGAGGAUCCUUUAUGAAUUUGUAACUAUUCGUAUAUUUUUUGCAAAUCCGUAGGUAGAUGCUUUUGUGCCUCCGUAACUAUUACAUGGAAAAAUCGAUGUAUUCCCGAUAUUUGCAUAAACAUUUGCCUGUAGC